AUGCCAGAGAAUUCAGAUAACCCUGGUGUAUAUCUGCACAUUCUCUGGAGUGCAUCGAAUCAUCAAAGGAUGUGGUCUUAUGUGGGCCAAUCCAGCAAGCUUUCUGAGCGCAUCGCGAACCAUAAUGAUCCUUGGUAUCGGCGUACGCAUGCGAGCCUUCACUACCAUGUCUGGGAUUCCGUCAAGGAUAUUGAGUCUACAUUCGUCACCCUAGUUGAGCUGAAGUCAAGUACAAACAAUGCAGAUGCUUGUCUGCUUAACAUUCAGGAAAUGUGGAUGGCUUGUAUCUUUCAGACGCUUACCGCCAAGCACUUAGACGAAUACCUUCCUCUGGGUGUCUGUAGAAUGUGGUCCACUCGCCACUUGAACGUUGUUCCCCCAAUCUGGCAAGGGUUUACCGGAAAUGACUCCGCACCUGCCGAGGCAUGUGGUGGAAGAGAUGCAUUCCAGAAUUUCCUUCUAUCGCCAGAUCCUGAGAUCCGCAGGUGGGCAAAAGCUGUAAGGGAUUCAUUUAAUGAUCUUCGAGACUCUCCUGAUCCCAUCCUUCGGGUCUACUACUCCGACAUCAUGGCCCGAAAUAGAAAGUUAGCAGAAAAGGCUGUUGAGAUAAGAAAAAUGAAGGAGCUACAAAAUGUUCUUACCAAUGGGUCACAGAAGACAGUUUCGGGGUACGACGAUGAUCGGAGCGCUCAGACUUUGAUUUGCAGUGAUUUUUGCUUCAUUAUCUCCCGAUCUCUCAAACUGGGGCUUCGGGUGGGCGACCAGUUGCAAUUACGGUUUCAUCUCACUGAAGCUCCGACCCAGUUCGCCUAUGCCAAUAAGGCUUUUAACAACGGACCCUGCAAGCCGACUGGUCGUUUCUAUCGAGGGAAUCGGAAAGAAUGGCUCUUUUCAUGUCUGUUUAUCAAGUCGGGGAGAGCGUAUAGUGAGAAAGAUGAAUAG